UCGACCGUGGUCGCUCCGCUGUGGGAUCGAUGGGGGCGCUAAUGUGUGCAACACCCGGUGUUUGAGUUGCGGGAUGGAGUUUCGCUGACAUACACACACACACAUAUACAUGCACAGCAGCGCUACGGGAUAUUUGUUUUGACCCUGUCUGUCCACUAACAAAGCCAAAUCUACCGGGCGCACCUACCCGAGCAGCAUGGCCGAUAAUAUUAUCAUCAGGGUGCAGUCCCCAGAAGGGAUGAAAAAAAUUCCUUCUACAAAGAGGGAGACAGCUGCUGCUUUUUUAAAGAAGGUGGCCAAAGAAUUUGGGUUCAACUCUAAUGGGUUUUCUGUUUAUCUGAACCGCAACAAAACCGGAGAGCUCGUGUCCCAGAACAAAACCCUCAGCCUUCUUAAGAUCAAGCAUGGGGACAUGUUGUUUUUGUUCCCUUCAGAAUCCUCCACCUCCUCCGGGGAGGUUAUGGACACGGCCACCCCUCACACAUCUUCGUCACUACCAUCCGUCUCGCCCUUUUCUUCGUCCUCCAUGAUCCCCCGGUCCUUCUCAGCGCCCCAGGUCCAGGAAGAUGAGAUCGAUCAGUAUCUGGUCAAGCAAGAUGGCAAGAUCUACAGAAACAGAGAUCCGCAGCUAUGUCGCCAUGGUGCCCUUGGGAAGUGUGUGCACUGUGUACCGCUAGAGCCUUUUGACGAAGACUACCUGAAUCACCUCGACCCACCAGUGAAGCACAUGUCAUUCCACGCAUACCUUCGCAAGCUGACCGGUGGCGCUGAUAAGGGGAAGUUUGCUGCUCUGGAGAACAUCAGCUGUAAGAUAAAGUCAGGCUGCGAGGGUCACCCUCCCUGGCCGGAGGGCAUCUGCACCAAGUGCCAGCCGAGUGCCAUCACACUGAACAGACAGAAAUACAGACAUGUAGACAACAUCAUGUUUGAGAACCACACCAUUGCUGACCGCUUCUUGGACUUCUGGAGGAAGACGGGCAGUCAGAGGAUGGGCUACUUGUACGGCAGAUACACGGAGCACAAAGACAUCCCCCUGGGCAUCAGAGCGGAGGUGGCUGCCAUCUACGAACCCCCACAGAAUGCCACCCAGAACAGCCUGGAACUGUUGGAAGAUCCCAAAGCUGCAGCCGUGGACGAGAUUGCUGCCAAACUGGGCAUGUGCAAGGUGGGGUGGAUCUUCACGGACCUGCUGUCUGAGGAUACGAGGAUAGGCACCGUCCGCUACUCGAGAAACCAGGACUCGUAUUACCUGAGUGCAGAGGAGUGCAUUACAGCGGGAUACUUCCAGAACGAACAUUCAAACCCCUGCAGACUUUCUCGAGACGGACACUUUGGAUCCAAAUUUGUGACUGUGGUCGCGACAGGUGGUCCAGAUAACCAGGUGCACUUUGAAGGAUAUCAGGUGUCCAAUCAGUGCAUGGCUCUGGUGAGAGACGAGUGCCUACUCCCCUGCAAAGACGCUCCCGAGCUGGGCUACGCUAAAGAGUCGAGCCCUGAGCAGUACGUACCAGACGUCUUCUAUAAGGACAAAGACAAAUUUGGAAAUGAUAUCACAUUUCUGGCUCGGCCUCUUCCCGUGGAGUAUCUUAUUAUAGAUAUAACCACAACUUUUCCAAAGGACCCCCAGUAUACCUUUUCUUCUACGCAACGCUUUCCCAUUGAAAACCGGGAUAUUCUUGGAGAAACACAGGAUUUUCACAGUUUAGCCACAUACCUGUCCCAGUGCACCUCCACAUCAUUCCUGAACAUCGUGUCAGACUUUCAUCUGCUCCUCUUCCUCGUCACCAAUGAAGUCAUGCCUCUGAGAGACAGCAUCGGGCUGCUACUUGAAGCAGUGAAGACUUCUAAUGAGGAUCUGGCACAGACCUGGAAGAAGUCUGAGCAGUGGGCCACCAUCGAGCAGCUGUGCAGUACAGUGGGUGGGCAGCCCUCCAGCUCUCUGGAUUAUGGGGCCAUGGGCGGCCCCUCGGUUCCUGCCUCCUCCUCCGCCAUGUGGUCCUGCCUCCACUGUACCUUUAUGAACCAGCCCGGCACAGAGCACUGUGAAAUGUGCAGCCUGCCCCGCAGUUAAAACCCUUCACCCUCGACCCCGCUUCCACGCCCUUCACCGAUCGAGCUCAGUCACUGCACCAGGACCAGCUGCGAGACUCUGACGGCGUCACCGAUCUUUUCUUUUCUCGCCUCACGUCGAAGCCUCUGCCCUUCCCAUCUCACAGGCUUCUGUGACGUGCAGAGGGAUUUGCUCGUUUACAUCAAUUUCACUGAGUCAAAAUAAAGUUGAAUCUGAGUUUU